AUGUCAAGGAAAAAGGAAGUCCAAAUUCAGGUAAGGUUAGUCUACAGCUUAGCUAACUCCCAACACAUUUUUCUUGUUGUUCUUCAGCAGUAAAGUAACAGUAGCCACCAGUCAUUAUUUGAAAUAAAUGUGUCUACAGUACUUUACAUUGUCCUUUUUUUAAUAUCAUUGUACAGAUUGAAAUAUCUUCUGAAGAACAAUGGGAGGAAGCAUUGUCAGGCCCAGGACUUCUUGGUAGGCAGCUUUCAAAGGUUGUCACAUAGUAAAUAUGAGCUGGACUUGCUGUAAUUAGUGGUCAUGCUCAGUCAGAUAAUGAACUAAGUAGCUGCCAGGCUGCUGUAGUUUUGAUAUGAGGAGUAAUAUGCUGAUAUCCAUGUUUGUAGUUAUAGAUGUCUACCAGAGAUGGUGUGGGCCAUGCAAGGCUGUGCAGAACAUCUUCAGAAAAUUGAGGAGUGAAUAUGGAGAUGACAUGUUGCGCUUCGCUGUGGUAAGUUAUGGCAUUUUUAGCUAUCAUCACCAUCAGAUUCUGAUCCUGGUACACUUCUGGUACCCUGUUUCGGAACCCUGCGCAUUAAAACCUAGCCAAACUAAUUCUGGUACCUGCCUGUGUGUGGGCGGUCCAUGAUCCAGACCCUACCAGAACAGUAGCCUGGAUGGAGGUCCAAUGUCAACACCUGGGUCGUGUUUAUUAGGGCAUGCAACGGAAAACUUUUGAGAAAGUUUUUCAACAGAAAACUAAAAAAAGGGUGUUUCCAGGUCCCUCCAUGUUUCAGUCUUUUUUCUUCCUUUUGUUGUGCAAUGAACACAACUUCCGUCUGGGCCUCUGGAAAUCCAUACUCUUUUUGAAAAAGAAACUGCAAUAAAUUGUCAUAAGUGUCCUGUUUAACUCACUUUCAGGGGGAGGCCAACAGUUUACUUGAGUUAAGUUCACUUAAAGGGAAAUGUCAACCGGUCUUCCUUUUCUACUCUGUAAGUAUUGAGCUUAUAAGAGCACCAUAAUAUUGUCAUGAUCUUAUAUCACUGAAUGUCACGUUACAGACAGUGUAAUUUCUUAUGGAUCAGAACAGUUUGACAGAUGUUAUGACAUAUGACAUGUCACUUACCCACUAACACAAGGCUGUGUUAGGACACCUGUCAUAACUAUAUCAUAACCAUGAGAAGUUUCCAAAAAUAUCCUGUUGUUUGUUGGUGUAAUAUACUAUUUUGACAUUUGUGCUAAGAGUAAACCUUUCAUUUGGCAUCGUGGUCUGCUCUGCUGUUUCAGGGUGGUGCAUUGGUAUCAAUAGUAAGAGGAGUCAAUGGGCCUCUUCUACAAAAAACUAUGUUGGAACUGGUGGAUCAAGAGAAGAAGAAGCAAAAACUGGGCUCAAAUUAUGUACCUGAAGUAAGUGGUUCCUAACAUUGUCACCUGAAAGGGGUCUGCAGUCUGGUAUACUGAUUAGCAUUUUGUAACCACCAUCAAACUUUCAAAUAGGUCCAAGAACUUUUCUUAGAGAACAAUCAUCAAGAAAGAAAAAAGCCUCCACCUACCCAAAAUGACAACAUAGAAAUUGACGGUAUGUCACCAAUUUCACUGCUAGAAUGCUGCUACAUCGUUUCUUACUGUAUGUACAUAUUUUAGUUUUAAAUUUGUCAUGAUAUUAAAUGGUUUGGGUAAGUUUGAAUGGAGAGGAUUUGAGGAAGUCUUGUGUGUGCCAUUAGAUCAUGGUACAUACCAUGUGGUCAUCAUAAAGCCAGAUGCUGUAGCAGGAGGUCAAGUGGAAGGAAUCAUCCAAAAAGUAAGGUGUUUACGUCUUAGUGCUUCACAUUCAAUUCUUAUAGUCUCUCCUUGUUCAUGUUAUUGCAUUUUACUUCAAUAAUGAUAUAAUGGCCACAAUUAACUCACAAAUGUAUUGUUUGUGCGUAGGCUUUAGAUGCUGGUUUUUCAAUUGUAGCGGAGGAGGAGAGGGUGUUGGAUGAAGAGCAGAUUCAUGCUUUUUUUAAGGAGAAAGCCGGAGAGGUGAGUGAAAGCAAGAUGAAGAACAUUACUUCUUACUAUGCUGGACUUGUGACAACAAGGAGGGUUCAGUUAACACAAUUGUAUCAGUAUCACCCAAUUGCAUCCAGAUACCUUUGAGCAGAAUUUGUAGUUUAACAACAAGAAAAAAAACAUCCGUUAUUAAAAAAUGUAAUAUAUAAUAUAUACACUAUCUGACUAGAGUGCUUUUUUUUUGUCUAGCCAGCGUUUGUGAAGGCCAUGUCUAGUGGGCCUGUCCACGCCCUGAUUCUGUCCAAGGGAGACAAAGUGGGUGAAGGAGAGUCUCGCUCAUUGACAGCUAUCAUAGAUCCUGAACACGCUGAGCUCAUCCAGGCAAAGAAAAGGUUUGGAUUCUCACUGCAGUUUGCGGACUAGAUGAAACAUUAUACAUGCAUGAUGCACAAUUGUACCGCAUCAGGCAGCCAAUUGCGGAUUUGAGGGGUUUGAUUAAACGCACCAGAAAUCAGCUAAUAUUUCCUUGUUCCUUUCUCUUAAACCUCUAAAAAAAUGUUGUUUUUUCAAGCCAAAUGAAUACAAAGUAUGUGUGUUUUGGGUGAUCUCUCUUAGGUCAAAGGUGGUCAAGGAGGUGGAUCUGGGCAUGUCAGACAGCAGCACUGAGAUGGCCAGCAGGCAACUGGCAUACUUCUUUCCCACCUUUGAUUUUUCUUCAGAGACGCAUGCUGGAUCCAAUGCAAGGAUUGAAAAGACUCUUGCUCUUAUUCGUCCAAGUCUUCUCAGAGAGAAAAAAGGUAUCUUCUACUUUUAUGUUUUACAUUUUAUGCCAGAACUAAGUCCUAGAUCCUUUUCUGAAACAGGGAGCUGGUUUCAAAAAGUGGUUCAAAUGUUCUUAGAGUUGCAUUUUUCUGUGAACAUAUUCUAAAGUCACUUAUUAUUAUUGUUUAGUAAUACUAGUCAUGCCAAUGUGUACCCUGUUGCUCCACCUGUUAAUUUCUGUACCUACUGACUGAGAUUCUGGUUUGCUUUUUAACAUGACCAGAUGAGAUCUUGAAGACGAUCCAUGACUCUGGCUUCCAGAUAGCAAUGCAGAGGGAGGUAACCCUCAGUGAGGACCAGGCCAAAGAGUUCUACAAGGAGCAUGAGGGCACUGACUUUUUCCCAUGUCUAAUUAACCAUAUGACCAGGUGACAAACUCCCACAGUAAUUUGCUUAGUAGUGAUGUGGCAUGCUGAAUGACAAAAUAAGAUUGAUAGAUGAUAAAAUAUGCACUGUUUACAGUGACCAAAUGUAAGGUAAACGAUUGGCUACUGAUUGUGGCGAAUUGACAGCUUGAACUUUCUGACAGAAGUGUUUUGUUUCCCUUGUUGAAUCGCAGUGGCCCCGUGUUGGCUUUGGCUUUGACUCGAGAGGACGCAAUCCAACACUGGAGAGGUUUACUGGGUCCAAAAGUAUUGGAUGUGGCCAAAGAAAGAUCCCCUGAAAGGUAGCAACUGGGGAAACACUUCAUUUGGCUAGUCCUAGUUCAUUUCAUAUUAUUUAUGUAUGUUCUAUUAACUGUCUCUCUCAUAUCGCCACUGUAAUUGUGCUUUAUUCCUAGUCUGCGAGCCCAGUUUGCCAUCGACAAUGUGACCAUCAACCAGCUUCAUGGCAGCUCCACUCCCGAGGAGGCUCAGAGAGAUCUCAACUGCUUUUUCCCCACAGAGCACACACUGGCCGUGAUCAAACCUGACUCUACACAAGAACACAAAGGUACAGUACCUGGGUCUCUGUCCUGACUUAAUGGUUAUUGAUCCAGGCAACGUCAAUAUGUUUGCCCCAUUAUGGAUAGAUGGUUAUUAUAGGUUGUUUCGGUUUGAAUGUAUUUAAAGUACUCUUACAACAAAUAAACUUGCAAAUUGUUGCUUUAAAGAGACAAGUAUUGUUUCUGUCAUGACGUUGAAUGUCAAUGAAAAUUGUGGUUGUUGAUCUUUAUUUCAGAUACCAUUAUGAAUCGAAUUAAAGAGGCUGGGUUUAGUAUUUCACAAGUGAAAGAAACCAAACUGACACGAGAGAUGGCAGAGGAGUUCUACAAAGAUCACAAAGGGAAGGACUUCUUUAAUAACCUGGUUGACUACAUGUCACAGUGAGUUGACAUUUUCUUUAACACAUUCAAGACCCACAAUCAUUUGAGAUUAUGGUUUGCUAGAAUGAAACUUCAGUCUUGACCAGGGUUAGGAUCUAUUCUAUUCCAUUUUAUGAGAUUCAUUGACAAUCUUAUUUAUCAAUUGAAAAGUGCAAUUUCUUUUCAAUGAGAAAUUUUAAUUUUAAUUUACUUCCUAAAUUUAUCAAAUUUAAAUUGAAUUGACCCCAACCCUGGUCUUGACAUGGCAUCAGCUUUAACGGCCAAAUUGAUUUAUCUUUUGUAGAGGUCCAUCUAUCAUGAUGAUCCUGAGCAAAGAAAACGCUAUCGCAGAAUGGAGAGAGAUGAUGGGGCCUGCCGAUCCUGAACAGGCCAAGCAAGUCAAACCCGACUCUCUACGUGCACAGUUUGCCAAGAGCAUCUUGGAGAACGCCGUGCACGGCUCGUCCAAUGUCCAGCACGCCAUGGACAAUAUCAAGUUCAUUUUUGGGGAUAUCCCAUUAUAA